GUUUAGUAGGCAGGUAGACUGUAAUAGCGACGAUCGAGCGUGGUUUAUGCAGUCGCGGAUGUAAAUACAACAUCCCUCCUUCCUGUGCGCGUCCAUUCGCCACGCGAGACAUGCCGCUUCGAGGAUUGCGAUAACAUGGCAUCGUUCGAAGAGUUGGAUGAGAUCGCGCCGAGUUUCGCAUAUGCCGCCGACAAGCUGGAAUGGAUCCCGCUCUCUCUGACAUUGGUGGAGUAUCCGCAAGGGGAUCUCUUUGGAAAGCUGUUAGCUGCAUUAAGUCUAUUACCCUUUGCUAUUGUAGCUGGUUUUAUCACAUUAAUACUAUUUAGGAGAGAUUUACAUACUAUUGUAUUUUUUAGCGGAAUUAUUAUCAAUGAGUGUAUAAAUUUUGUAUUGAAACACACGAUUUGCGAAGAGAGGCCGAUAAAGAGAGAUGGCCUGUAUACCGAAUAUGGUAUGCCAUCUACACAUGCACAAUUUAUGUGGUUCUUUGCUGCAUAUGCGACACUUUUUAUAUAUUUUAGGUUAAACUACAACUGUACAAUAGCUGAGAGAUUUUGGCGGACAAUAGUAGCAGUAGGAUGCAUUACCACAGCCAUAUUGGUAACUUACAGCAGAGUAUAUCUACAGUAUCACUCAAAUAGCCAAGUAUUCUUUGGUGUAUUAAUUGGAGUUGCACUGGGAACAGCAUGGUUCAUGAUCGUGCAUACGGUUUUAACGCCAUUCUUUCCUAUAGUGGUUUCGUGGCGAAUGUCGGAGUACCUGCUGUUACGCGACACAACUUUAAUUCCUAACGUUUUGUGGUUCGAGUACACGAGUAUUCGCACGGAAGCCCGAGCGCGGGCGCGAAAGCUAUCGGCAAUCGGCAGAUCGCACUGAUAAUGGCUGGUCAGUGGGCUGGAUAUUGAAUAAUAAAUGCCUUGAUAACAAACAACUUAAGAAAACAUUCCUUUAAUUGAUAAAGUUUGAAAAAAUUAGCUCGACAACGCGUAUGGAAUAAGUGAGUUGAUACUCGAUUCUGUUAUCAUCAGAAAAAUGAAGCGCUCGUCGUUAUCAUUCAGCAUUAUCGUUAUUAUGAUAAUUAUUAGUAUUAGCAUUUUUUAUCGAAAGUGUCACGCGCAUUCGAGUGACGCAAUUUACAAUUUCGGCGACUGUUGCAAAAACAUUGUCAUAUAAGAAGGAAAAACUAGUUAUUUAAUGUGCAUAGCUAUAUUAAAAGACAAUUGUGCAAAUUCCAUCAAGAUUCUCUUAGCCCGAAGUUCAUCAAUUGUUUAUAUGUUUCAAAUUUAAGCACGCGAGUAUUCUGAACGAGUCGUAUUCCCUUUAAGUUUUGUUAUUCUUCAAUGAUACAUUUUGUACGGAUUUCUAAAGGGAUAUGUAUGUAUCUCACACCUAAUUCUUCUCUUUGUGUGUUCCAGAUAAUUAAGUUAAGAUUAAAAUGUUAAUGAGGAAUGCACGCGUUUUUCCUUCUAUAAUUAAUUCGGUUAAAUCAAGAUUCAAAAUUGAAAACACAACAAUUAGUUAACAGUGAGUAGCCGCAGUGAAAAAAAUCAAGUUUUUCGACAAUAUAAGUUUACUCGACAAAUACGCUGGAGAAUGAAUUAUCGUAAAGCUUUGACAGAUUUUUGACAAAUUUUUCCAGAGUAUUUGUCAAAAUUUCAAAUCCAAAAAUUCAUGUUUAGUACAUGUUUAUAUACAUUGUAUGAGAUAUUUAUUUUCCAAGAAUAAUGAAAGUGAUAUUAAUUGACAGUGCAUUUAAUUACAAGCAACUGUUUAGUGGAAUGCAAUAAAGAGCGUCGUGAAAAGUA